UAAUAAAUAAGUCUGUAAAUAAGCAUGAUUAGGGGAUGGGGAGAUGGGCCUGUUGGUAAAAUGAUUGAUUUGAUACAGCCUCUCACUCCAUAGCUCUGGCUGACCUCCAAGUCGUGGCAAGUCUCCUCCCUCAGCCUUCUGAGCACUGACAUUACAAGCAUGGAGCACCACACUGAACUAGAUUAAUAUUUACCGAACACCUGUUGUGUAACUCAGGCUGUGCUAAGUGAAGUUAAGAACAAUUUUAUUAAUUAAAUGUGUUAUCUAUACAAAAUAAAUUUAUUAAUUAUCAACUUUAUUAUUUAAAAUACUGGUUGUACCCUCAGUCAGAUGUGCUUCAGGGAGAAGGCAGAUGUGGGUAUUUGAAAAAAGAAAAAGAAAGAUCAUACAUUGAGUCAAGUGUGUCAUAAGGGGAUUUCAGGGGGAAGAGUUUCAGUCCUAGGAAAAUGUUCAAAUUCUAACUCGAGCAGUGUUCACACAAUAACUUGGCCACUCCCACAAGUUCUGUGCCACCAUGGCCCAGUGGCUGGGUUGGUGUCCAGGUUUCUCUUUCCAUUGCCUGCAGAGUACCUUCUCACACCAAAGAGACUGAAACAGUGGUUCUCAACCUGUGGACCCUUUGAGGGUUGAACUACCUUUUAUAGGGGUCACAUAUCAAAUAUCCUGCAUAUCUGAUAUGUACAUUAUGAUUCAUAACAGUAUCAAAUUACAGGUACGUAGCAACAAAAAUAAUUUUAUGGUUGGAGGUCACCACAACAUGAGGAACUUUAUUAAAGGUGCAGAAUUAGGGAGGCUGGGAACCACAGGACUAUAGCAAAGUGGUGAGGGCUCCGUGCGGGCACCAGUUCAACCUCUCUACGUCCAAUGGUCUAUGUGUCAUUGUUGCCCUCCGCAAUGUUUGGUUUACCUUGAGGCCCACACCAUGAGAGGGAGCCCAUUCUUACACUGCCUGAAUGGCCAGAGACUCAACGAAACGAUUCCUAAUGAUAUUCUGCUAUACUCAUAAAUGCCUUGUCCAGUUGUCAUGGGAGAGGUUUCCUCAGAAGCAGAUGGGAGGGAGGGAGUGCAGAGACCCACAGCAGACAUUAUGCAUGGAGAUAAUCUAAAAUGGAGGCUUCCAUUGGGUCCUUCCCCUGGGAGAUGAGGGAACAACACAGAAGAGGGAGAGGAACGAUCGCAGGAAUCAGAGGAGAUGGAGGACACCAGGAGAACACAACCCACUGUAUCAAUUAAGCAAGGCUCAUAUGGGCUCACAGAGAAGACUGAAGAGGGCAGGAUUAGACUUACUGCCAGAGAACAAGUACACAAAGUUGUUAUGGAAACCAGGACGCCUCCAUGCAGCACACAUUUGCAGAGGAUUUUCAAGGCCAUCUCAUUCAGCAAGAUCAACUCCAUCCGCUUAGCCGUACGCCAGUGCACCCUCAUGCAGGCUGUAUUCUUAUGGGUUCUUUGACCGGCUGUCCUCAAGUAAAGGUAAAUUCAACACUCAGGGGAGGGCAACUCCAUCACCAAAGCGCCGCUUGUGUGUAGGGUCUUUGCACUGCAUGUCAGAAGCUUGCUCACACUUGCCUCAGCCAUUGUCUGCGUUCUGGUUUCUGUAAUCUGAGAAUGAGGUGGCAGUUGUGAUUGUCUUCUGAGAGAAACGUUUCCUCCAACAGAGCCACAGCCUGUGUUGUCCCGUACCGGGAUACGGCGCGCGUGUCUCUUUGCAUUCUUUCCGUCGUCAUGGAGAACAGACAGUGACAGCUGCCUCUGGCCAUCAAUUUUUGUCUUUGGGAACUGGAAAUUUUUCCAGCUGUCUCUGAAAACAGGAUUUUUGUUUUGUUUCAUUUGUCCCACUUUUGAGAAGGUAAAUGCAUGAUGAGGAUUUUUGUGGCUUUUGAAGGAUCUUUUGAGGCAUUUGAUGUUUCAGCACACGAAUCUGUGGAAGCCAUCAAGCAGAUGGUAAAGGAUUAUUUCCACAUCCCUCUUUCUGAAGACCAACAAGGCAGGUGGUAUUUAGAGCUGAUGUACGCCGGAGCUGCCCUAAGGAACAACUGGAGGCUGUCGGAUGUUGGGAUAUCUUUCUGCGCAACUCUCAAAUGCUUCGUUAAGAAAGAAGACAAGCCUACCCUGUAUGUGUUUAACGCUGUGACCCAGGAGAUGAUGCCAAUGAUGGAGAGCAUGUCUAUUCUGGAUAAAAAGGUGUCCGACCUGAGAAGGCUGGUAACUCUGAAGUGUGGCUUCCCCGUGAGCGUCUACUGUCUGCGGACACCAGAGGGACUGGAGAUGUAUGAUUGCAACACCCUCAGGGACUACCGGACUGCUAUCGGCACAACACUUCGUUUGGAUGUCUGGGAUGGAUGGAAGGAAUUUCUCAUGGGAUGUCUUCUCGGGCAAAAGCCUAAAGUCCAGCGAUACUUAUCAAAAGAAGGACCAGUACUCAAGUACCAGAAAAGGGUAGCCCUGUACAUCGCUGCCUUUCACGGACACACUGAACUCUCUGAAUGGGCUCUGAAGCAGGGCGUGCAGCCCCACGAGGCGGUUGGUGUUCACCCUUAUCGAGCCUGGUGCCACGAAGCCCUUCACGCCGAUGUCUCUGACUGCCCUGUUCACGCAGCUGCAGAAGCCGGCCAACUGUUAAUUCUGAAGGCCUUUGUCAACUGCGACGUCCUGUGCCUGCAAUGUAAAAAUGCAGCCGGGCAAACGCCCCUGGCCAUCGCAGCGAAACGCCAGCAUGAAGCCUGUGUGUUAUAUUUACUGAAUAAAACGUGGUCCACAGUUUCUUUUCUAAAACUUUCAGUUCCGAUGAGGAUUUACAUUAAAAUAAAGCAGUGGAUUCUCAGAGCUCAGAGUCAUAGGGGCCAGAAAAGCCAGCUUGGCAGAGCAAGAAUCUCUGGGGCAAAAGUUGGAGACACCGUGGUGGUGGAUGGAUUUACCGAGCCAAAAAUGACUUCCAGGAGUUGGCACAAGGCUGGAGACAAGAGCUGGCAAAGCACUCGGAGCAAACUACCACCUUGCAAGCAACAAUCAAGCAGGAAACCCGUCGAUUCUUUAGUAAUUUCGCAAAGGGACACCAGAAAACAAAUCACACUCCCAUCCUUAGUACAAACAAAUACGUCUUUAGAACCACAACAUCCUCAACAAGAAAGCCAGCAAAAUAAAACUGCCCCAGCUGGGAGAAAAGAAAAGUACGUAAGAAAUGCCUAUCUCCCCCAGGUCCCGCUCCCUCCAGUCUCCCGAGUGGAUUAUCCCCACCGAAUGCUCCACCACGCUCCACCUGGUGCCAACCACUUGCUAAGAUCCUUCUUCGCAUCUUUCUCAGAGCACCGUGGGAGGACUCCGAGAGAGAACGCCAUCUACUGCUUAGCUGUGGCAAGCGCCUUUAAGGAGAAGCGAUGGCUCCAGCAAUUAGAAAUAGCAAGAGUCCUGGCCAAAAAGAGCAUUUCUAACCUGACUGUCCAAGGAGGUCCAGCAAAGUGUGACAACCUUCCAGAAAUUUUGCUUUGAAAAGCCACAUCAGCCCUGGUUUGGAGCAUGAUAUGGUCAAAUAGAAUCUCCAAUUCUAAUGUCAACAUAUUUAACUACAUUUCUAGUGCUACAUGGCUUUAACCAGAUGUUGAACGUUUAACAGCAAGCUUUCUUAGACACUGUACUAUUCAAAGUUCUCUAGAGGAGCAGAACCCACAAAAUGACUAUGUAUUUAAAGGGUUUAUGAGGUUGGCUCACAAGAUGCUUGGCUGGUCCAACAGCAGCUCUCUUCACACUGAUGAAACUGGUGCCUUCUCAAUCCAGGAGGAGGGACAGACAGUUCCACCAUUCCAACCUGGUGCCAAGGCGUGAAGGAUUCCUGGUCUUCAUAUCAGUAACCAGAAGAAAAUGGAUUUCUCUAUCAGGGAAGAAAGGCAGCAGCAACAACAACAGGGGGAAUUGAGGCACAAGGACAAGCA